AAUCCACGCCCCCCCCACCCCCGAUCCACACCCACCCGCUCUGUGCUGCCUCCCCCGUCCCGGGGUGCCACGUGUUCAGGCCACUGACCCCUUUCAGCCCUGCCCAAAAGCAUCUCGCAGCCUGGCCCCUCGCAGCCUGGCGGUCAGCCUGACCCAGAACCCCUGCCCCGAGGGAGAGGAGGGGAUAUUUGCACGUGGGUCCAGCUGUUGUGAGUGGCCCGGGAGCCUGUAUGUAUGGCUGUGCAAGUCCAGGACCAGCGGCUUUGUUUGCCGGCAGCCGGAUGCCCGGGCCCAUUGGGCGGGCCGGCGGCCGCCUGCGGGAUGAGCAGACUGCUGGGGGGGACGCUGGAGCGCGUCUGCAAGGCUGUGCUCCUCCUCUGCUUGCUGCACUUCCUCGUGGCCGUCAUCCUCUACUUUGACGUCUACGCUCAGCACCUGGCCUUCUUCAGCCGCUUCAGUGCCCGUGGCCCUGCCCGUGCCCUGCACCCAGCUGCCAGCAGCAGCUCCAACUGCUCUCGGCCCAACGCCACUGCCCCCAGCUCCGGGCAGCCCGAGGCCCCCAGUGCCCGGCCUGGCCCCACGGCUCCUGCCCUGCCACCCUGUCCUGACUUACCGCCUGGCCUUGUGGGCCGACUGCUGAUUGAGUUCACCUCACCCAUGCCACUGGAGCGGGUGCAGCGGGAGAACCCCGGCGUGCUCCUGGGCGGCCGCUACACACCACCCGACUGCAUCCCAGCCCAGACUGUGGCAGUCAUCAUCCCCUUUCGACACCGGGAGCACCACCUACGCUACUGGCUCCAUUAUCUGCACCCCAUCCUGAGGCGACAGCGGCUGCGCUACGGCAUCUACGUCAUCAACCAGCAUGGUGAGGACACCUUCAACCGGGCCAAGCUACUUAAUGUGGGUUUCCUAGAAGCUCUCAAGGAGGACGCCGCCUACGACUGCUUCAUCUUCAGCGACGUGGACCUGGUCCCCAUGGAUGACCGCAACCUGUACCGCUGCGGUGACCAGCCCCGCCACUUUGCCAUUGCCAUGGACAAGUUUGGCUUUCGGCUGCCAUAUGCUGGCUACUUUGGAGGUGUGUCGGGCCUGAGUAAAGCCCAGUUUCUGAGAAUCAAUGGCUUCCCCAACGAGUACUGGGGCUGGGGCGGUGAGGAUGACGACAUCUUCAACCGGAUCUCCCUGACUGGGAUGAAGAUCUCGCGCCCAGACAUCCGCAUAGGCCGCUACCGCAUGAUCAAGCACGACCGGGACAAGCAUAACGAGCCCAAUCCUCAGAGGUUUACCAAGAUUCAAAACACGAAGCUGACCAUGAAACGAGACGGCAUCGGCUCAGUACGCUACCAGGUCUUGGAGGUGUCUCGGCAACCACUUUUCACCAACAUCACGGUGGACAUUGGGCGGCCCCCGUCGUGGCCCCCUCGGGGCUAACACUCAUGGACAAAGGCUCCUGUUGCCAAGGAUUGCCUGCCAGAGGACUGACCUACAGCCUGGCUGGUGACUGCUCUUUGGGGGAACCCCCCCAGGACCAAGACUGUAGGCUCUGUUUUCCAAGGAUCUUUGAUAGGCCCCUCAGCUGCACCUGGAAGUUUCAGAACCUACUUUGGGGGGCUUGCGUCCUGGGCAGGCCUCUCAAGUGUGACCCUCUCUGGGGUCAGCCCUCCUACCUGCCCCUCCCUCCCCAGUCCAACCUCCCUCACCUUCAGGGUUGGGCCAGCCCCUGCACUGCCUCACCGAGUGGCCUGGGCUAGGUCACUCCACCUCUCUGUGCCUCAGUUUCCCCCCUUGAGUCCCCUAGGGCCUGGAAGGGUGGGAAGUCAUAACUAGGGGGCAGUGUCUCUUCCAGGGGGAAUUCUCAGACCUAGGGAUCCCCCACGCUCCCAGGGGAGGGGAAACCUUUUUCAUUCAGCAUUGUAGGGGGCAAAUUCUGGUGUGCCCCUUACUGAGGAGCAGCCCCAGGAGGGGACCAGAGGGGGUGCUGUGUUGCUGCCUGGGAUCUUGGGGUUGGGGUUUGCAUGGGGGGGCAGGUGAAGCUUGGAUCAGUCUGUUUCUGCCUCCCUGUCUCAGAGAAAAGGCAGUAGCCCCGGGGCUGGCUGGUAUUUGUACAUUGCACAGAAACUUGUGUGGGUGCUUUAGUAAAAAACGUGAAUGGA